UCGCUAUAUAUAACUACUCUUUUCAUGCCUUAAAAACUCACACCUCUAUUUUUCACAACAUCCAAUUCUUGCAUUGCAGUUCCUUCUAAAUGGAGUCUAGUGGAGUUAAGAGAUGGAUAGUGGCGGCCGUGGUGCUGAGCCUCCUCCACGGCGGCGUGUUGGCCCAGCCCCAAGUUCCAUGCCUCUUCAUAUUUGGUGAUUCUCUUGUGGACAACGGCAACAACAACAACAUCCAAUCUUUGGCUAAGGCUAAUUACUUGCCCUAUGGAAUCGAUUUUCCCAAUGGCCCGACCGGCCGGUUUUCCAAUGGGAAAACCACAGUCGAUGUAGUUGCUGAAUUACUAGGCUUUGAUGACUACAUUCCGCCUUACUCGGCCGCCCGCGGCCAGCAAAUACUCCAGGGAGUGAACUACGCAUCGGCUGCAGCUGGAAUUAGAUCCGAAACCGGCCGGCAACUGGGUGGAAGGAUUGAUUUCACCGGACAAGUAAACAACUACAGGAAUACAGUCCAACAAGUAGUGAACAUUCUGGGAAACGAAUCCUCUGCCGCAGAUUACCUAAGCAAAUGCAUAUAUUCGGUCGGAAUCGGCAGCAACGACUACCUCAACAACUACUUCAUGCCGCUCUACUACUCCAGCAGCCGACAAUACUCACCGGAGCAGUACGCCAACCUCUUGAUCCAACAGUAUACCCAACAAUUAAAGAAUUUGUACAACCUCGGGGCACGUAAGUUUGCGUUGAUCGGGAUCGGGCAGAUCGGGUGCAGCCCGAACGCCCUGGCCCAGAACAGCCCCGAUGGAAGGACGUGCGUGAAGAGAAUCAACGACGCCAACCAGAUAUUCAACACCAAGCUCAGGGGAUUGGUGGACACACUCAACCGAAACACGCCCAACGCCAAGUUGAUCUACAUCAACGCCUACGGAAUCUUCCAGGAUCUUAUCCAGAGCCCAUCGUCCUUCGGCUUCAGCGUGACAAAUGCAGGGUGCUGUGGGGUGGGGAGGAACAACGGGCAGAUCACGUGCCUGCCAGGGCAGAGGCCGUGCAGGAACAGAAAUCAGUAUCUGUUUUGGGAUGCGUUCCAUCCCACGGAGGCGGCCAACACCAUCGUUGGGAGACGAUCGUAUCGCGCCCAGAAGGCUUCCGACGCCUAUCCUUACGAUAUUAGUCGCUUGGCGCAGCUUUGAAAUUACUCUGUAAUUUUUAUAACUAAUACGUGUGUUGCUAUUUCGUUUGCAUUAGAGAUCGGCUGUUUUCGUGUUUUUGUAUUUUCUUGAAAAUUAUUAUGGUAAUGUAACUGUUUUCGUGUUAUAUGUGGAUGGAAAAAAUUAACCAUCCAAAUAUAUUUCUAAUUAAA